UGUUGUUUCUGUGUAAAACACGGUGAUCAUAAUAAGUAAAAAGAAUUAGACCACCACAAUACAUGAAAUAUCGAAUCAAUGUAGCCUCUAUGUUUAUUUUAACUUUUCUUUUUGAAAAGGAAGCUGACCAUUAUUGAAUGUUGACAAAAAUGUCUAGUUGGGGAAAAAACUGACAAAAAAAAAAAGAAAACAAUACAAGAGGCAGUGAAUCCAACGGCGGAUAUACCAUCUAUACACGCCUCUGCCGCCAAAAUGAAAACAAGAGUACUCGAAUCCAACGGCUGGAUAGCACCGGAUUCAACAAGGAUAGAUUUGGACUGCUAAAAUAUAUACAAGUUAAAACUUAUGAAUCUUCUUGUUCAAUAAAAUGGUUUCCUCCUACUUUAUAAGAUCAGUUCUUUUUAUUUUCAUUGUUUAUCUUCAACUUCCUUGCACGACUUUAUCAAACUCAGAACCAGAAGAUAUUACUAUCGAUGUGAACCAAGCCCAUAAACUUCUUCACCAGGGCCACACUUUUCUCGAUGUCAGAACUGUUGAAGAAUUCGAGAAAGGCCAUGUUAAUUCAGAGAAAGUCUUUAAUGUUCCCUACUGGUUCUAUACUCCACAAGGUCAAGAAAAUAACCCAAAUUUCUUGAAACAUGUUUCAUCUCUCUUUAACCAAACGGAUCAUCUCGUCGUGGGAUGUAAAUCUGGAGUUAGAUCUUUGUAUGCUACCAGGGUUCUUGUUUCUUCUGGAUUCAAGAGUGUAAGAAACAUGGAUGGUGGUUAUAUCGCUUGGAUGGAGAAGAGAUUUCCAGUUAAAGUGGAACUCAAGUACGAUGAGCUCUGAUUCAGAUAAACCAAAGAUGGCAUGUUAAACUGAACUUGCAAACUUACGAUGUAAUAUCAUUAGUUUUAUUACUACAUGUAGAUUAAACAAGACCCUUUGGAUAUUUAUAUGAUCUCUUUUUAUGUGUAACUGUUUUCACUUAUUAUAACAAAAAAAAACACAGACUAAA